AUGUCUGGUGGGGCUUCUCCCCCCAUCAUCAGCACACCCGGCCCGUCCCGACAGGGACGUCGGGCAANGAGGCCAAGGGAUGGCCCAUUAUCCUGCGCUAAUUGCGGGAAGGACCACGCCGCCACCGAUCGGCGGUGUGUGGUCUACCGCAAGAGGGCCAGGAUGAUGGGAGUAACCAUCCCCCCUCCUGUUCCACCGGUGCCACGGCCCAGGAAUGUCCCAGCUCCAGCUGCUGCUCCUGUCGUGUCUGCACCCAUCCCCAAGGGGGAGGGGAAGGGGAAAGGGAAAUCCUCCCAAACCCCAGCCCCUCCCCCUCCUAGUACCUAUCCGUCUGUCUCGGCGGUGGAGGCUGGGCCGUCAGCGACUACGUUGAUGGCACAGGCCAACCCACCGAGGCAGACAAACAAGCCUAUUCCUACUCCUCGUGGUCGAGCAUCCAUCAACACUAAAACAAUAGUGACCAAACCUCUGCCUCAUAUAUUGAACAUCGAGAGCACCGCCACAACGAAUAAUAAAAAGAAGGAGAAAAACAGGAAAAAGAAUAUUAAAAAGAAAUUAAAAAAAAAAAGAGAAGAGAAGAGGCGAAUAGGGAUACGACCGAGCCCGUUGUGCCGGAUCCCCCACCAACCCCUGCGGAGGCAAUGUCAGCUGACGAAGCCUCCUACAACGACCAACCCCCGACUAGUGACGGCCCGGUACUACCAGAGGCCCCAUCGACCGAACCGAAUUACCUCCGACAGCCCCCUCUUCCCCCCUGCCCACAGCGCGAGCGGCGCAGUGACCGACAGGCUCAUCAGCCUGCCGGGUUCGCUGCAUGGCUCCUCGUAA